GCGCUCUCGUGGCAGCCGUGGUCUGCGUGUUAACGGCAGGCCCCCCGACAUCGGCUGCCAGCAAGAAGAAGGGCAAGAGGCCUUCCACGCUUGAUUGCGCCAAGAGCGCUGGACGAACCUACACUGGCGUGUUUGCCAUCGAGGAAGGAGUCAACUUGGACGCCCUGUUCACCUUGGCAAGCCCGAGAGCUGCGGACACCGUACCGCUCGUCUGCCACGAGGGCGAGGCCGAUGAGUAUCGUGGCAACACCUUACGUCGGGAGCUGUGUUGGCUCAUGCGCCGGCUCAACUCCCACAGCAAGAUGCAGACCUACUGGCGCGACACUUGUCUGGGAGUUCCCGAGGCCUUGGCAAACAAGAUCGAGGACGUGGAGGGCCAAGUAGGCGCUUGCACUUGGGAUGUGACAAAGGGGCUUUUCACCUUCCCCAAGUGGCUUCGCAACGUGCUACGCACUCCUGGAGGAAUCAAUGUGGACCAGUCCAUGAGCCAUUGCUUCGCCCAGCUGGAGAGGCACCCCGACGCGGUCUGCCUGCGGUACUACGUGAACAAUCGAGCCGAGUGCGAAGGCUUCGCUGGAGACCGGGACCUGGCGAAGAGGCUUUUCCGGGGUCGCAUGAACGGCGGCGGUGCAAACCAUGUCAUGAGUAUCAUGGGCAAGGAGCAGACCUUGUUGAUGCAGAAGGAUGCUGAUGCACAUCCUCAGCUGGCCCAAGUCUUCCAAGCGAACGGCUACCACUGGCCUGCUGCCGCCGUCCAAUCUCUUCUCAAUGAGAGGCACGAGAGGGCGGUUUUGAACCUCAUGGAGAAUGUGGCGCGUCGGUGCGGCAAGGUGCAGAGCUACGAGCACGACGGGCUCUACUGUGUGGUCCACGAGCACCUCAGGGAGACGAUGAUGAACGACAUAAGGCAGAUUGCCUCGGUGUCGACUCAGGCGCCAGCAUCCCUGGACGAAACGUUGCAGUACCUUCAGACCAAGUUCCCUGAGCACGACUGGAGCGUCAGGGAUGAAGGUUGGGAGGAGUUGGAGGACGCGAGGAUUGAGGUACGGCAGCGCUGCUUGAAAGGGGAGACCAACUUCCCGAAGCUGAUUGCAGAUGUCGUGCCGCACCACGUCACCAGCGCUGGUUAUCAGGUGCGCGAACUGAUGAAGGCAACCCCAGUGACAACCGAUCGCGUGACCCUCAUGACGUACGACAACGGCUGCUGGCGUGACCUCGGCGCUGUGGCCGCCGCCACCCUGGAGGAUGUUAUGCGAGAUGUUCUGAAGAAGUGCAUCGGCAAGAGGCCUGUCCAGGGCUGGCCCCGAGUGGUCCACUGCGCCCAUCCUCAGGACUGCUCGGACUACCAGCUGAAGAAGAUGCACCUGGAGGUGGCGGCUAUCUGGAGCAAUCUGGAGGAGGAGCAUCUGGACUUGGAGGAUGUGGUGACCCGCGCGCUCGCGCAAGAGCAGUUUGCGGCGGUGCAGGCAACCUCGUGCAAGGCUUUGCCGGCGGGGUUCCGCUACAGCACGGACCUGGAGGAGGACCUCGCUCGACUGCAGAGGAUCUUGCCUGGCGUGGAGCUCUUGCACUCCUGCCACGAGGACUACGCUGACACCAUGUUCCUGCUGAAGGUUCUUUCGAGAGUGAAGGGAAGUCGUCAGAACUUUGAGGAGUGCUUCUUCCAUCUGGGACACGGCCAGAACGGCAAGGGCACCUUGAACUUGGUGCUGCGCUGCUUCUGCGGCGACUACCAUUACGAGCCCAAGCCAGAGACCUUCACUAGCCUCGGAGACCCCACUGGCUGCUCCCUGAACAUCUCGCAGCUCAAGGGUAGACGAUCUCUCUUCGUGAACGAGGUCGAGGCAGGCGUCAAGCUCCGCUCCGGUAUGCUGAAGGAUCUGCGGGAUCAGACUGCAUUCAUCGAGGCCAGGGGCCUCUACCGGGACCCGAUCCAGUUCAAGAUGCGCCGAUCCUUCACAAGCGUCCCAUGGCCGCUGAAGUUCAUCAUGAACCCAAGGUCGGGCACGAACGAGCGCCCGUCGCGGGACAUCAAGAAUUCCAACUUCAUGAUGAACUCUGUCGUGCCUUCGUUGGAGGUUAUCUUCCCCAUCAUUGACAGGAUCGUUUUCCGCGGCUACAACGGCACACUGAUCGAGCCCCGGCCCCACUCCAUCGUCACAGCGACCUUGGCUCUCUUCGAGUGCAUGCAAGAGCUGGACAUGAAAGCCUUCUUGGAGGAGCACUUGCUUCAAGUCGAGAGCGCAAACAUGGCCGCGCCACAGGGCUCCAUUCGGUCCUGGAUUCGGCAGCAGGAGAGCGUCCGAGACAUGAGACUCUCGCCGAAGGCUCUGGAGCGGAUGCUGGACAAGAUCUUGACGCCCAAG